CAGAACACACGGCUUAUACGGUUGGCCACCCGUGUAAACCGUACAUACAACCGAACCAACCGUGGCCUUAUCCGAGUUACACUCGGGCCAUUCGAGUGUAUUCGUGAAGGCCGUGUAUGAUUUUUAAAACUUUUAAAAAACUGGCACGGGUGCCAUGUCCGUGUAUGAUCGUAUUAGCGAUCGUACAAGACCGUGAGAGACCGUGUGAGACCGUACGAGACCGUAUAUACAACCGCACAUGAAGUCCACUCCACGAGUGAGCUCAACCGUGUCAAUAUCGUAUAUAAAUCGUAUUGAAUCGUGUGAAACCGUUCCCAAGUCCUACAUCCAACACCCGGAUUAACACUCGAAUGUCACACGAUCACCGUACGAUUCACACGAGUGUACACACGGUUUCAUACGAUCGCCAUACGACCAAUACGGUUCAAGUACGAAUUAUACAUGGUCAAGUACGACCAGACACGGUCUCUACGUCUGUACAAAGCUCGUGUAUGAUCAUACAGCACUCGAACACAACAGAAAACACAACUACCUGCUGCCACCUUGAAACAACAGAGUACUUGCUACAUAAUGCCUCCAAAGAAGAAGAAGGUCCCCAAAAGAAUCCCCAUGGAAGAUUUUCCCAGCGAGAAUACAAAAAGGGCCACCAAGGCCCUCCGACCACUUCAACCUGUUGACCCUGUCGACCCUGAUGAGCUGCAGGACCCGCUGGCACCACCUGACGAGAUACCCAGAGAUUCAGACUCGGAUGCCAGCUCGAUGGGCCCUCCAGGAACUGCUGCACCCUCGAAAAAAAGAACCAUCCAGCGCAUCACCCGAAAACUCACCGAUGCCGAGGAAGUCGAUGUGAUAGAGUGGAUCCAGGCUAACCCCAGUAUUUUCAACAAGGCGCAUGCUGAUUACAAAAACACGAAGAAGCGGGACCAGUUGUUCGCCGACUAAGCCGACCAGCUUGGAGAGGGGUUGACCGGACAGGACCUAUACAAAUGGUAUCUUGGGCAGCGUACGGCGUUUACAAAGUUGAUCAAGCGUCCGGCCAGUGGCAGUGGUACAGUCUUGAUGACCGCCCGACAGCAGUUGGUGGUAGAGAGCAUGUCCUUCCUCAAGUGGCAUUGUACAUCGAUCCCCGUACGGAAAGGUGUGGAUUUGACUGCUGCCAGGAAGAAGCGGUACGGCGAUGCACCCUCACAGAACAUACCAGCCUCAGACCCAGCUGCACCAGAAGAUGCACCGUCUACACCUUCUACAGCUUCAGUCCACUCAGAUUCAGAUCUGCUAGAAGAGAGGGAAGCUUUGACACAGGAGUUGAGACAACUGAGGCAAGAAAGGACUGACGCGGCAGCUGUCACCACCAGACAACUGACACACCUAAUGCGCCAAAUGACGCCAUCUCUCCGGGAUCAGUUCAUGACCGAAACCCUUGCCUCCGCCGUGCGUUAUGUGGACCUCUCCAGGGAGCAGACCAAGCAGCUGCCACCCCAGCAGCUUCCCUCUGUACCAGCACAGCAGCAUCAGCCCAUCCUCCAGGACUUCAGGACCCCUCAACGCCCAAUGCACCAGGCACAGCAGCAGCCACCACAGUAUGCCCAGGACCACGCACAGCAACUGAAUCCCCCCACCACUGAGACAGAGAGACGACACUUCUUCACCACACUUCAAGGCUGCUAUCCAGAUUUUACUGGAUCUUCAUGUCCACCACCAGCCCCUACCUAUGCAACACUAACUGUUCGUCGCACCCCAACAGCCACAGUGACCACAGAUGGUAUCAUUGCAGGUGCUGCUGCUGCUGCAGGAAUACCUUCAUUUUCUACUACCAUCGUCCAAAGUCCCACCGUGAGCACACCACAGAUGGCCAGUACACCCACCACUCAGCCUGCUGACGCAAGUCAGAACAUGUCUUCGUUUAUGAGGGAUAUGAUUCAGGACGGUGACGAGACUACCUCAUACUGA